AUGUUCAUUGAACGUCAUCCGAUUAUAAAGGAAUUUGGUUAUGCUUUUAUGGAUGCCAUCAACGAACGAUACGAACGGAAUAGCUCGAUAAAAAGUUGCUUGAAAUAA